AAACAGGCCAUCCAUUUCCUAUUUCACUACGAGUGGCCGGAGAUCACUGAAUCAUGGACAUCACCACAAUCACCUGAAGCUGCAGAAUGAUUUCCUUGUAGACGAUACUUUACUCCGUACACAGCUUCCUCACUCUUCCAAACGCCGCUCGUUCCAUUGCCUCCUCCAAGAAAUCAUAUUACUCCAGUUCUUGAUCUUGUCGACUUGGCCAAAUCACGGCACAUCCAUCAAGCAGUAAUUUUGUUUUUGUUCAAGACACUUGUUGUGCCCACAGCGCUGCGCCACUACCGUCCACCGGUCAUUCGUGCCUCCCGCUCUUCUAAUCAGUCUGGGAGCUCUCAUGGCGACCUGAACCUUCCUCUCGAAAACACCGUCCUGUCCUGCGCUGCACGGUCCUGCCUUCUUGUUGUGAUUUUUCUCUGGCUGCGCUCAGAGGCCGCAGGAGCCAUACACAACAGACAACAUGGGUCGGCUUCGGAAUUUCUCCCAGAGCUUGAAAGCAGCUGCCCUCGGAAACCUUUCCAAUGACUCGGUGCAGUCUUUCUCGAGAUCCUCCUCCAACGGCCAUACGCAGACACAGAUAGUCGACAAAGAUUCGCCUGUUCCGUCCCCAGAACUAAACUCGUCGCCCUUCGCAGACAACCCCCGAGCGAACCAACGAGGUGACCGGGGAACCUCUCGACCGACUUCUAUGAUAUACUCACCACCGUCGAUAGAAUUGGCAAGAGACAUGCACAUUGAAGAGCUGAUACCGGUUUUCAGCUUCUUAUCUAGUCACAACAACAAACUCUACCAAGAAGGCUAUUUUCUCAAACUGAAUGAUCUGGAUACACGUAUAUACUCGACUGUACUUGUUUUUCCGACAAUGCUAACGUGACCGCAGAUGGCCGGCCAUACUCCGAUCGUAACUGGACAGAAUGCUUUGCUCAGUUGGUGGGCACGGUUCUUUCACUUUGGGACGCUGCUGCAUUGGAUGCGGCUGGUCAAGAUGGAGAGGUUGCUCCCACCUUCAUCAAUUUGGCGGACGCUUCGAUAAAGAUGAUCGAGACUCUCCCUACUCGAAAUCCUAACGUUGCUCCUCUUCAAAACGUCCUCUCCAUCUCUACCGCAGGCAAAAAUCGAUACCUUCUACACUUCAACUCGUUGCAUUCCUUGACACAAUGGACAGCGGGAAUUCGACUGGCCAUGUUCGAACACUCGUCGCUACAGGAACUUUACACAGGUUCUCUGAUCGCUGGCAAAGGAAAAUAUUUGAAUAACAUCCGGACCAUCAUGGAAAGAACGAGGUUCCGAUCAGAAGACUGGGCACGUGUCAGGUUUGGAGCUGGCACUCCAUGGAGACGAUGCUGGUGUGUGAUAGAGCCUCCGGAUGAGAAGGAGUGGCAAAAGUCCAACAAGUCACUGAAAAAGAAGUCGGCAUACGAGAGGCCAUCCUUGCCGAAGGGACAGAUCAAAUUCUACGACACAAAGAAAACCAAAAAGGCUACACCGAUAGCCACCAUUACCGACGCAUAUUCUGCGUAUGCCAUUUAUCCCCAAGCAAAGUCGCUGAUUGAACAGUCAACUCUGGUCAAGGUCGAAGGACGAAUCACGAUUCAUUCGCAGCCAGAAUCGAAGACCGAAGGCUUUGUCUUUGUAAUGCCAGAGCUCCAUCCAGCGGUGUCUGGUUUCGAAAUGUUGCUGCGCUGGCUCUUUCCUGUAUACGACAUUUUCCAUCUUUACGGCCGCCCACAGCGAUUGAUAGCUGACACAUGGGAUACUCGGGGUUUGAUGUUUGCCAUGCCGAAAGAGCGAAGAUAUGGAUACCUCGACAUUAUUGAUGUCGCAGCAUUGAUUCAUACCCAAGGCAGUGACAGAUGGAGCGAACGGGAAUGGCGCAAACAGUUGAAGGAAUCCACUUCCCGUCGGAUGGCCAUGACUGCACAGAGUCGAUCGAGCACGACGCUGGAUGGAAGACCUGGAGGUAGAACUGUUUCAGAAUCCAGACAAGGCGUACACUAUGACGAUGGCGCGUCGAUACGGUCGACGCCUUCUCGGCAUCAACAUAACCAAUCGACCGACAUGGUCUUUGUCUCGCCGCAAAAAGUGUCUACUGCACCAGCCAACGGUCCGUAUUUGACUCCUGGACAAAGUCAUCACUCAAGAUCUGUGUCCGAGUCGGUCACAUACAUGUCACCAACCAAAGCUCGCCGACAGAAGGAGAAUCUCCCGCCGUCAAGGCUGUCCACUGAGCUAUCUGAUGCAGAGCCUAUCCAGCCUGCGCCAGUGCCUCCAAAUCACCGCAAUGGCGCUUACAAGAGCAACGUGAUGAUUACAGAAGCCGCUUCUCCUGACAGUCAAUACAGUUCAGACAGCGAGGGACAGGCGCCACAGACAAAUCCAGAGGACGUUGAAGCCGAUGUCGGACAGUCAAUACCUCCAGCUCCUGUCGUGGCGCCUCCAAGCUUUCAACACCAGGCUGGCGAUGUUCCUCAAAAGAGACCAGAUACGAGGCCAGACCUGAGGCGAGAGAAAAGCCGCAUGAGCAAUGCCACAUUGUCUCAGAUUGCUGACGUGAACAAAGCUGCCAAUGGUGGGGCGGCGGGGCGCACUGCAAAUAUGGCGUGGAACACCGGAAGACAGGCGGAUGAGGAUCAGGGGUAUCCGUAUCGAGGGGUAAAUCCAACACCCCAUGAUGAAAGAGAAAUGUCUGCUAAUCAACUUCCCCCUCAAGCGAUGGUAGCAGAUGAUGGUGCUUUUACUCAAAGCCCAGCUGAUGUAAGACCAGAAUAUUCACAGUUCCCUUCUGACCAUCCGAAACCCAAACAAAAGCCCAUUGUCCGAAAACCGGUCCCGACAUCAGCAUCGACUCUUCGUCCUCCGCCCGUACGAGCGCCAUCACCCGACGGUAUGUCCAAAUAUUCAGUAUCAAGCUACGAGAAUGAAACUCCUGGCACUCCUGAUUAUGACAGUCCUUACGAAGACCCCAAUCCUUCAGUCCUGCCGCCAAGAAGGACUGGUGUAUUGAAGACCGUUGGCGAUCCGACUCUUGGAAACUCCCGUUCUCAGAUUACAGAUCCUGUCAAGGCAGAUAUCCCGACUGUCGACUUCGGCACCACGUUCACUCCAAUGUUGACGCCAGGACAGAAUCGACCUGCAACAGCGAGUGGAAUGCUUGAUCAGCCAUCGACGUCUCACCGCUCUCAAACAGCUCCUGUGACACCACAGAACAUGUCACCUGAUGAUGAGAAGAGAGCUUCUUUGGACCGUAGUUUAAGUGGACGACCACAACAUUCUCGAUCACCAAGCUACGCAUGGCAUCCAGGGACGGCGGCAGGCCGACAAAGCCCCGGUGGCGGCUUGACCCCCGAAGAGUUUGUUCAAUUGAGGGCUGCAGCUGCUCGAGUCCCGAACGGCUAUAUACCUCAUCGUAGCGUAUCAUACAGCCAGAUCGAACGAUCUCCGAGUAAACUACAGAAAAGACGAGACGCCGCGGCGCGCCCAAGUUCAAGGAAUUCGCUUCUCGUGGACUAUUCGUCGCACUUGUCAGCCAGAGAACAAGAACAUGUCGCUAGGAUGACCGGUGGCCCUCUAGUUCAAAUUGGAGAAAGGAGCAAGACGCCUGAUCCGUCGAUCGGUCUAAUUGGUGCUAUUGAAGCUCGCGAACAGGAAAGACGCAACAUGAAACAAGGCGCUGCUGGUCAUAUGGUCAAGGAAGCUAUUGCACAAAGACAAGCCGCUGAGCGAACCUACGGUUACCAACAAUACCCAACAUAUGAGCAUAUUGUUGACCCACGGACAAGUGGUCAGUGGGGUUAUCCAAUAUCACCAGGAACUCCCGGGUACUCCUCGUCAUCAUUGCCGACGCAGCAGCAAUGGACAAGUCAGCAGAUGUAUCAACCUCAACCAGCACCUCAGUCGGAGUAUCUGCAGCGCCGACCGAGUCAAAUGAACAAUUCGAGACUGAGCGGGUAUUGUUCGACACCUAGUGGUUUUCAUGAUGGACAAUAAACAUGCAUGCAUUAAUGAUGUGAACUUACUUUUAACAACAACACUGCAAAGCGGUCGGUGGGAGGCAUUUCUUCAUACUGGAGUUUAUGAUAUAGAGUCAUGGCAACGAUCAUGGUGCAUUAGCGUUGGCGCGAAGUGCUUGUACAUAUUGCUAAGUAAACAAGGUCGGCCGAGAUUCAUUACGAAAGACAAUUGAUAUGAACACAGAGUUUAAUGAUUACCAUUGGGAGAGGCGAAUGUCUUGAGAUCCCUCUUCGUUUUUCUCAUGGACACUGAGCCAUGCUGACAUGCUCAUCAACAUCGAACCUGAUAUCUUC